UCUGUCAGGUGUGUGGGGCUGCGGAGUGUCAAGUCCUCCGGCUGCCCUGUACCCGCUCGCCCCCGCUCGCCCGCCUUCGGCUCCAGCGCCCUCACCUCGGCCUCCCUCGUCCGCCCGCCCUGCUCUCGCAGCCUUCGCGAGCCACCCCGGACCUUGCGCCCUCGAGCUCUCCCGGCGCCCGCCCGACGGGGCUGCCUCCGGCCAUGGUACCGUCCCAGGAGGAGCCCGUGGCCGCCGCCACACAGGGGACAAGCGAGGCACAGCCACCGGGGCCCGCGUCCUCGGAGGACGCUCCGCUGCCCGGCCAGGGACCCUCGGACGGCCCCGACGUGUCUUCAGAGAAGGUGGAGGUGGAGCUGACGAGGUCAACGGGCGACGAGCCCCCCGUUCCCCCCGAGGGAGGCUGGGGCUGGCUGGUGAUGCUGGCGGCCAUGUGGUGCAACGGGUCGGUGUUCGGCAUCCAGAACGCCUAUGGGGUGCUCUUCGUGUCCAUGCAGGACACCUUCGGGGGCAAGGACAGUGACAACAUGGCCUUCAAGACAGCGUGGGUGGGCUCGCUGUCCAUGGGCAUGAUCUUCUUCUGCUGCCCCAUAGUCAGUGUCUUCACAGACAUGUUCGGCUGCCGGAAAACAGCCGUCGUGGGUGCUGCCGUGGGAUUCAUCGGCCUCAUGUCCAGUUCUUUCGUAAGCUCCAUCGAGCCUCUGUACCUUACCUACGGAAUCAUAUUUGCCUGCGGCUGCUCCUUUGCUUACCAGCCUUCAUUGGUCAUCUUGGGACACUACUUCAAGAAGCGCCUCGGACUGGUCAACGGCAUCGUCACGGCCGGCAGCAGUGUCUUCACAAUUUUGCUCCCUUUGCUUUUAGGGAACCUGACCAGCAGCGUGGGCCUCUUUUACACUCUGAGAGUCCUCUGCAUCUUCAUGUUUGUGCUCUUCCUGGCUGGCUUUACUUACCGACCUCUUGUUCCCAGCACCAAAGAGAAAGAGAGUGAGGGCAGCAGGCUCUCCUUCUUUUCCCGGAGAAAGUUUAGUCCUCCAAAGAAAUUUUUCAAUUUUGCCAUCUUCAAGGUGACAGCUUAUGCAGUGUGGGCCGCCGGAAUUCCACUUGCACUCUUUGGAUACUUUGUGCCUUAUGUCCACUUGAUGAACCAUGUAAAGGAAAGAUUCCAGGACGAGAAGAACAAGGAGGUGCUUUUCAUGUGCAUUGGCAUCACUUCUGGAGUUGGACGCCUUCUCUUUGGCCGCAUUGCAGACUAUGUGCCCGGACUGAAGAAGGUUUACCUGCAGGUGCUCUCCUUUUUCUUCAUUGGUCUGAUGUCCAUGAUGAUUCCGCUGUGCAGCGUCUUUGGGGCCCUCAUUGCUGUCUGCCUCGUCAUGGGCCUCUUCGAUGGAUGUUUCAUUUCUAUCAUGGCUCCCAUUGCCUUUGAACUAGUUGGUCCUCAGGAUGCUUCCCAAGCCAUUGGAUUUCUUCUUGGAUUCAUGUCUAUACCCAUGACUGUGGGUCCUCCAGUUGCAGGGUUACUUCAUGACAAGCUGGGCUCCUAUAAUGUGGCCUUUUAUCUUGCUGGAAUCCCUCCCUUUGUUGGAGGCAUUGUGCUCUGUUUAAUCCCAUGGAUCCAUAGUAAGAAGCAGAGAGAGAUGAGUAGAAGCCCUGGAGGGGAGAAGAUGGAGAAGAUGCUGGAGAACCAGAACUCUCUGCUGUCAAGCUCCUCCAGGAUCUUCAAAAAACAAUCAGACUCUAUUAUUUAAUGUCAGAUAUACCUCCACCUGACUGGAUUUGCUUUUGAAGUUUUCCUUUUAUAUGAAUUGCAAAUUUCCUAUUUUUUUAAUCAUCCUUGGAAUAGCACAAAUGGGAAAUGGAGCCUUUAUCUCCACAGGAGCCAUUUUCUCGCCCCAAACAGCUUUGGUACUCCCAGGAACUGGGAAGAGACUGUUACAGCAUCGUAUCUGGAAGCUGAACUCGAGAACUCAAAGCUGUCUUAGUAGCAGGCAGCCGUGACGCCAUGGAUACACACAGUGGACUUCGAGCUACGUGAAAGGGUAGCAGUUUGGUUCAUACCGGAAGUAUUUUGUUGGUUGCUUCAUUUGGUGUUUUAGUUUCUUCUGCAUUUUGUAACUUUUUGCAAAAUUUAAGCCUGGAUCCUAGAUAAUAACCUAAACCU